CAAACCAUCGCCACUAACUCGUAGUUUCGCAAGAGCCGCGGCGUAGUGCUGGUUGCGCGCCAUUUUUGAUUUAUCAUUCAAUAAUUUUUUUUUAAUAAUAAAUAUAUUUUAAUUUGUGUUCGGAUUAUUGGAUGUUAUUCAGUGAUCCACAAUGAGCACAGACACGCCGAUGACGAAGACCGCGAAUUGCAGCAAUUGCAAUGACAGCGCGACUGAAUCCCUCCACAGCCUACUGGAGGGUGAAGAGUCCAGGUGUGGGAGAGGAGAGGAGAGGAGUAAGAGGAAGAGGAUAAACAUAUGUUGCAAUCCUGUCAGCCAGGUGGUGUGGGGUGUCAUAUUUAUCAUAAUAAGCAUCAGCGGUUACAUAUUCCCGCCCCGGGAGGUCAUGCUGUGGGAGAAACUGAAUAUGAGACCUGGUUUCCCGCCCUACGACUGGUGGUCGGAUCCUCCCGACCAGGUCAAGAUGAGAGCUUACAUAUUCAACGUCACCAACCACGAGCGGUUCCUCCAGGGUCUGGAUGCCAAGAUCAACGUAGAGGAGAUAGGUCCCAUUGUAUACUUGGAGAAACUAAAUCAUUUGGACAUCAGAUUCAAUGAGAACAGCACUCUGACGUACACAGCCAAACGUCACCUGAUAUACCUGCCCGAGGACAACCACAUAGACCUAAACAGAACGGUCAUUGCACCGAACUUGGCGUUACUGGGCAUAGCGUCAUAUCUCCACGAUGCGGAUUUUUUCAUCCGGAGCGGUUUCGUUGGUCUGGCUAGUUUGCAUUCAUCCAAGUUCUUCGUGGAGAAGACCGUGUACCAGUACCUGUGGGAUUUUAGAGAUAAUAUCCUGGACACAUCCCAGCGAGUCGUCCCGGGGAUGGUCCCCACAAACAACAUGGGCAUGCUGAGUCGAAUAUACGAUGGCUUUUCUGACAACUACACCGUGAAGAUAGGCCCGCAGUGGGGUCACCACGAGUUCUUCAAGAUCGAUAGGCUCAAUGGAGCCCAGAAUUUCAGGGAAUACGACAUACAUAAAUGCAGAGACCGAGUGACCGGCGCCACGGAGGGCGUCAUGUACCACCACCACAUGUCCAAGAGCGAUGUCCUGUACGCCUUGAGGAAGACCGUCUGCAAACCGUUGCCUUUGUACUUUGACAAGGAAUUAAAGAUGGAAGGCGUGCCCGUUUACCGUUACAACCUAUCAGAGCAAGCGUUCGAUAGACAGAGGAACGGAAGCGACUGCUACGCAACCGACGAUCCACUUCCGGACGGUGUCAGUGACGCCUCCAAAUGUUUCUUUGAUUUCCCUAUGGUUGCUUCCUAUCCUCAUUUCUACACGGGAUCUCCUCACAAGGACGCCUACGUCACCGGCCUGAAGCCGAACAGCGAGAAACACAGGUCAUACGUCAUUGUGGAACCGAUAACCGGGACCCCAUACGACGCGGUUGCCAGGUUGCAGUGUAACCUCCGUAUCAGCGACCUUUCUGGAUUCUAUUCGACCAUGUACGAGAAAUUUUCAAAUCUCAUCUUACCCAUUGGGUGGAUAGAAUACCACCAAGAAGGUCUACCAGCUCGCGUCAAGCAAGCCAUAUAUUUCAUGGUGGUAAUACUCCCGCCGCUGUCAACCGUCAUCUUCAUCAUGACGUUCCUCCUCGGCAGCUCUCUGAUAAUAAAACAGAUUAUAACGCAGAAGAUAAAUAAAGAAAUACUCCCGUCCAUCAUUAAUUUUAAAUCCCAGAAAGAAGAUACGAAACUAUCCGACAAUAACAUAUAUACAUACGAGAAGGAAUUGUUUCUAAGGAAACCGCAGCUUUCUAGGUGAUUGUAUGAUUAAUAAAUUAGAAACGUAUUAAAAUUACGUCUAAAAAGAAUUCUUUAAGAAGUUUCAUAAUGUCCAGAUCUAAAGAGGCUGUGAUUUCAUUUAUAUAUAUGAAUUAAUUAUAAUGUGUUCAAAAACAAUUACAUAGCGCUUAGUGACAAAAAAUAUAUAUUAAACACAUAUAUAAACUAUUUUGACAGAAUCAGUGUCAAGACUGAGACCGUGAUAAAUAGAUUUUUUAAUUAAUUUCACCGUCGAUGCAUUUAGUACGCCGCUCAUCCCAAAGAAUACAGUUAACAUACUAGCUGAAAAUGAAUUGGGUAAAAAAAUAUGUUUAUAAUUUCCCGUUUAUAGUUUUUGUAGAGAAUAAUAAUUAAAAAAAAAAUCCUAAGAAAUUAUAUAUUAAAUUAAUUCUAACAUUCGACUUGGUAAUUAUAGAGAAUUAUUUAGUUUUAUUUAGUCAUAAAAGUUCUUGGUUCCUAUGUGUUCUUUUAUAAUUACAAACAAUUGCUCA